AAAGUAUAGAUUUCUUGGCUUAUCUUAAAGGCUAUUGUCCCUCUGGAGCUGCUGUUGCAAAAUUUCAAGCAGAACCUGUAUAUGUUGAGUAUAUGAAGCAAUGGAACAUUGGUGUUUAUUUCUCUUUGAGGUUUCAGGAAAUAGCGGGGGCUUUGGAUUCUGCACUUGCAGUGCCCAUUCUUGUUCCUGUUCAGAGUUCACACUCUGAUGAAAAUUCUCAGGACUUAACUCUUAAACAAAGUGUUACACUUUUGGAGAGCUUGAGGUCCUGCUGGAGUGAAGAUGUUCUUCUCAUCUCUUGCGCUGACAAGUUUCUUCGCUUGUCUUUGCAGCUCUUAUCAAGAUACUCAAAUUGGUUGUCAUCUGGAUUGGCUGAUUGGAAGAAGGGUAGUGUGAGCUCUAAUCCUGGAUGUGAGUGGGCUAUUUCGGCUUUGCCAGAUGAUUUUAUUAUUCAUGACAUUAAUUGGCUAGCCAAGAGAAUUUGUGGUGACUACCUAGAAGGCAUACUGCAGCUUUUAUCUACUUGCUCCACUGAAGUCCUUGAUCUAGUAAAGAAGAGCAUUUUACAUGGUGGAAAAUCGCUGAGUGAUUUGUUACCCUCAGUUAUCAACACAAUUAUAGAAGCACUCGUUGACAAGUCUGUUGAGGACUUGAGACAGCUAAAGGGAAUAACUGCAACUUACAGAAUGACAAAUAAGCCUCUUCCUGUCAGGCAUUCACCUUAUGUGGCAGGAAUAUUGAGACCAUUGAAGAUUGCAGGCUGUUCUAGAUGGAGAACGAGCAACAACAUUUUUGACAGAAGAUGCUAAGAAUAAUUUACUGCUGGGAGCUACAGCAGAAAUUACUGGGCGUUACCAUGAGCUGUCUGCUGACCUUGUCAGCGUGUUAAUAUCGCGGAGUGAAAUCUCUGAUAUUUGAGCCUUCCAUUUAUCCAAAGAAUUUUGACUUAAAAAGUUUUGAUUUCCAUGUCCAGGCUAGAAAAACAGAGUCCUCACUCCAGAGAAUACGACAAGGUGGACAAAGACGUGAUGGGGCAAGCUCAGAUGUGUCAGAUCAUAAUGUAUCUGACACUGACAAGAUUUGCAUGCAAUUAUUCUUCGAUAUUCAGGAAUAUGGGAGGAACCUUGCUGCUGUGGGAGUUAAAGCCGCUGAUAUUCCUGCAUAUAGAUCCUUGUGGCAAUGUGUUGCUCUCCAGACAGGCAAACUCUUACAAACUUUUUAAAAAACAAUUAGCUGCAGCAGCUGUAGGCAGUAGGCUGUAGCAUUAUAAUAUGGUUGAUCUUGCCUGGAAAUACGAUUUCUUCCUUUUAUUAAUCGCAAUGAUAUAGCAAUUGU